AUGCAAGAACUGUACGACUGGGACAUGGAAGACAAAGAUGAAGACUCAAUCAAUAUAUUUGAAGAGCUUGAAACAGAAGCAGAAGAAGAGAAAAUCCAAGCCCAACUUCAACCAAACAAAGAACAAAGUCAUCUUGAAGGACACCAAAAACUCUUGCAAGAUUACUUUGUUCAAGGCUUGACUUACUCCAAUACUGAUUUCAAGCAACAAUUCCGAAUGAGGAGAGAGCUAUUUUUGAAUAUUGUCGCAGAUGUUGAAGCUGCUUGCCCUUAUUUUGUUCAGAAGCCAGACUGCACAGGCAACUUAGGCUUAUCCAGUCUACAGAAGGCCACCUCUGUGUUUCAUUAA